CUCUUAAAUCAUUACUUUUCCCCAAAAUCCCACAAAAAAAGGAAAAAAUAAUCACCCCACCCAUUACAUCACGCAACGUCCUCUCUCUUUCUUUUUUUUUUCUUGCGAAGAUAAUAGAUGGGAACAAUCCGCUGCUCUCCUUCUCUGUUCCUCCUUAAUCCACCUCAAACCCAACGCCGAAUUCAAUCCAAUCACUAUUUUUAUUCCUCAUUUUUUUAUUCUAGUUAUCUCCUCCUCCGCCUCGUUCUCUUCUCUCCAUCUCUUUAUCUCCCCCUUCUCUCUAAUCCGCUCUGUUUGUUCUUAUUGUUCUUCACUUUUUUCGGUGGGGUUAUUAUUCUUCUCGGUAUUGUUAUUACUAUUAUUCUCCGCCGAAUCUCACCACACAUCUCGUCGCCCUUUUUUGGUCUUUUGGGGUUUUUUCCACGCCUAAUCGUUCUCUUUUUGGCCUCCGCGUGGUAUAAAUUAAUGCGGGGAAGGAAUUCGUCCUCUUAUUUCUUGUUCUUCCUCGCCCAAAAACAGAAGACCUAGCUUCGGUCUAUUCGCCUCCAAUCUCCACCUUUUCUCUUUCUAGGGCUUGGUCUGCUGCGGAUGGAGAUCGGAGAGGGCAGCGAUGGGAAGCCUCCGCCGGAGGGGGGCAAGAAGCAGGCGUCGACGCCGGGGGGCGGUGACGCGAAACCGUCGAAGAGGAAGAUGAAGAGCCCGUACCAAUUGGAGGUUCUUGAGAAAACCUAUGCCGCGGAGACGUACCCGUCGGAGGCGCUGAGGGCGGAGCUGUCGGCGAAGACCGGGCUCUCGGAUCGGCAGCUGCAGAUGUGGUUCUGCCACCGGAGGCUGAAGGACCGAAAGUUCCCGCCGGCGAAGAGGCAGCGGAAGGAGGAGGAGCCGCAGCCGCCGGUGCUGUCGCCUGCCACGGCUGGGGGUGAUGUGAUGAUGGGGUCAGGGGCUGCAGGGGCGGGGUUGAGCUCGAAACCCUUUGCAGGGCUUGGGAGUGGUGGAGAGACAAGGAAGGCCGUCUCCCGAGCUGCUGCAGCUGUCUCGAGGAUCGCGUUGGACACCUCGUCUGCUGGGAAGAGAUACCAUGAGCCUCCACCUGGGCUGCUACCGCCCCAUCCGUCGCUGGUGCAACCGCUGCCCCUCUCAGUGGCGGAGCUCCGUGUGAUUGCUUCUGUUGAAGCGCAGCUUGGGGAGCCGCUGAGGGAGGAUGGGCCCAUUCUUGGUGUGGAGUUCGAUCCUUUGCCGCCUGGUGCUUUUGGGGCACCUAUAGCAAUGCCGUCGCAGCAGAAGCAAACUUUGCGGCCUUAUGAUUGUAAAAUGUUUGAGAGGCAUGAUGCAAAGGCAUCAACUUUCUUGCCUAGUAUAGAACAUUGUUUAAUGCCAAAUUCAUCUAAUGGGAAGAGGAAGCUGGCAAUUGGAGGUUCUAAUGUAGGUAAUCCUCAGAUGGGUCCAAGGGCUCUUCAUGAAUAUCAGUUUCUACCUGAGCAGCCAAGUGUCCGAUCAGAGACAUAUGACAGGGUCCCUCAAUCUCAUUUCUAUGAUUCUUCAGUGGAUGCUCCUGGUACCAGGAUGCAAUCUUUAACUUCAGGAGCGCAAUAUUUGCAUGGAAAUGAACAACUGGCUCCUAGUUACACUUUUCAAGGUCAAAUGUCGGGUGCCAGCCUAUUGUCUCAUCAAGGCAGGCAGCAAAUUUAUUCUGCAGUUGCAUCAGAGUAUGAGACUACUCAGCACAGCAGCUCUUUUGCCAGUGCUCCAGAUUCUUCUCGAAUGGAGAGGAAACGUAAGAGUGAAGAAGCAAGAAUUGCUAAGGAGGUUGAAGCCCAUGAGAAGCGGAUACGGAAAGAGCUUGAAAAACAGGAUAUUUUGAGAAGAAAGAGAGAAGAACAAAUGCGGAGGGAAAUGGAAAGGCAUGACCGCGAAAGAAGAAAGGAAGAAGAGAGGAUGAUGCGUGAAAAACAGAGAGAGGAAGUGAGAUUUCAAAGGGAACAAAGGCGUGCACUUGAGCGCAAGGAGAAAUACUUGCAGAAAGAAACCCGAAGAGUUGAGAAGAUGAGGCAGAAAGAAGAACUGCGAAGAGAGAAGGAGGCUGCAAGGCUUAAAGCUGCUAAUGAGAGGGCUACAGCUCGCAGGCUUGCUAGAGAAUAUAUGGAGCUUAUUGAAGACGAGCGCUUAGAACUAAUGGAGUUGGCUGCAUCAAGAAAAGGAUUGUCCUCAAUUUUCUCACUUGACAGUGAUACUCUGCAGCUGCUAGAUUCAUUUAGAGAUAUGUUGAGUUCAUUUCCGCCAAAAUCAGUGCAACUGAAAAGGCCUUUUGCAAUUCAACCUUGGAUAGAUUCUGAAGAGAACAUUGGGAACCUUCUUAUGGUUUGGAAAUUUUUAAUUACUUUUGCUGAUGUCCUUGGGCUUUGGCCAUUCACUCUUGAUGAGUUUGUUCAAUCUCUCCAUGAUUAUGAUUCGAGACUGCUGGGGGAGAUACAUGUUGCUCUAUUGAAAUCUGUCAUUAAAGAUAUUGAGGAUGUUGCAAGGACUCCAGCUAUUGCAAUGGGAGCUAACCAAAAUAGUGCUGCUAAUACAGGGGGAGGUCAUCCACAGAUUGUUGAAGGGGCAUAUGCUUGGGGCUUCAACAUACGCAGCUGGCAGCGCCACCUAAAUUACUUGACGUGGCCUGAAAUAUUGCGACAAUUUGCUUUGUCAGCUGGAUUCGGUCCUCAAUUGAAGAAAAGAAAUGUAGAACAUGUUUAUUUCCGUGAUGACCAUGAGGGUAAUGAUGGUGAGGAUGUAAUUUCCACUUUACGGAAUGGUUCAGCUGCUGAAAAUGCAGUUGCAUUGAUGCAAGAAAAAGGUUAUACUCAUAGACGUAGAUCUCGGCACCGUUUAACUCCUGGUACUGUCAAAUUUGCUGCUUUUUAUGUCCUUUCUCUUGAGGGAAGCAAAGGCCUCACAAUACUAGAAGUUGCAGACAAGAUUCAGAAAUCUGGUUUAAGGGAUCUCACCACAAGCAAGACACCAGAGGCAUCUAUUGCUGCGGCAUUGUCGAGAGAUACAAAACUUUUUGAAAGAACGGCUCCUUCAACAUAUUGUGUACGACCUCCCUUUAGAAAAGAUCCUGCUGAUGCAGAAGCUCUACUAUCAGCUGCACGAGAAAAGAUACGAGUAUUCCAAAAUGGACUUUCAGAUUCUGAAGCUGAAAAGGAUACAGAAGAUGCUGAUGAUGCUGAAAGAGAUGAUGCUGAUUCUGAGGCUGAUGAUGCUGACGUUGCUGAUGACCCUGAAGUUGAUGAUGCCAGUAUUGAAGCAAAACCAAAUAAGAAUGUUCCUUUUGCAAAUGAAUUAAAAGAUGCUAGAGCAUCAACUUCGCUAGGUAUUAACAAGGAGGCAGUUUGUGAUGAGGCCGAAUUAACUCCACAGAAUGUUUCUAGGAAUCUGGAAAAAGGCCAUUCAGUUUCUCCUCCUGAAAACUCCAAAGUGAUAAGUGCUUCGGGUGCUACCCAGUCCCUUGAUGUCGAUUCAAACUGCCAUGAGGUAGUUAAUGCUGACAUGGAGGACAUUGAGGUUGAUGAAAGCAACUUUGGUGAACCAUGGGUUCAGGGACUGACAGAAGGUGAUUAUUCUGAUCUUAGUGUUGAAGAGCGCCUUAAUGCCCUUGUCGCGUUGAUUGGUGUGGCUAUUGAAGGAAACUCCAUACGUGUUAUUCUUGAGGAACGUUUGGAAGCUGCAAAUGCUCUAAAGAAGCAAAUGUGGGCAGAGGCACAGCUUGAUAAAAGACGUUUUAAAGAAGAGUAUGCAAGCAAAUUACAGUAUACUUCUUUCACAGGGAGCAAAGCUGAGGCAACCCAAACAAAUGCUGCAACAGAGGGAGGUCAAACUCCACUGCACACUGUUGAGAAUCAGAUUUGUGAUGAGAAUCCAAAUACCAUCAACAAUGACCAGUAUCUAGAGCAAAACAGUCAGAUCAAUGUUGGUAAUGUGUCUGCUGAAAAGAAUUCUUUAGGGCAAGAUUUUUCUACUAAUGCAGACACUCUUCCACCUCAACAAUAUGGAUAUGCAUCUGAAAAGUCACGUUCACAGUUAAAAUCAUACAUUGGUCACAAGGCAGAACAACUAUAUGUAUACAGGUCACUACCCUUGGGUCAAGAUCGUAGGCGUAAUCGGUACUGGCAGUUUUCAACAUCUGCUUCACCAAAUGAUCCUGGUUCAGGAAGAAUCUUCUUUGAGUCCAAAGAUGGCUUUUGGAGGCUUCUUGAUUCAGAGGAGGCAUUUGAUGCUCUUCUAGCUGCCCUAGAUACACGUGGUAUUAGGGAGUCUCAUUUGCAUUCUAUGUUGCAAAGAAUUGAGACAACCUUCAAAGAAGCAAUUAGGAGGAAAAAGUGUACCACCUCUCUGAACUCAGCUGGAGGUCCUGCAAAAGGAGGGGCUAAUGAAAUGCAAUCAAGUCCUGAUUGCAGCACUGAAUUUGACAGUCCCAGCAGUACUCUCUGCGGUCUUACUUCCGAUGCUUUGGAAGUCUCAAAAUCUUUCAAGAUUGAACUUGGGCGGAAUGAGAUCGAGAAGCAUACUGCUUUGAAGAGGUACCAGGGCUACUUAAAAUGGAUGUGGAAAGAAUGCUACAAUCCUCAUAUAUUAUGUGCCAUGAAAUAUGGGAAGAAAAGAUGUUCUGAGCUGCUACAAACUUGCCAUUUCUGCUACCAGUCUUACUUAGCUGAAGAAAGGCAUUGCCCUACAUGCCACAAGACAUUCAAAACCUUUUAUAAUGCUGAUUCAAAUUUCUCAGAACAUGCUACUCAGUGUGAAGAAAAGCGAAAAAUGGACCCUGAGUGGAAAAUGCAAGUGUCAGAUUCUUGUCUUCCCAUUGGGAUCAGGCUGCUUAAGGCACAGUUGGCUGUGAUUGAGGUUUCCAUUCCAGCAGAAGCUCUUCAGCCUUUUUGGACUGAAGGAUAUAGAAAGUCUUGGGGUGUAAAGUUGCACUCCUCGUCAUCUGCUGAGGAACUCUUUCAGAUUCUGACUUUGUUAGAAGGUGCCAUAAAACGGGACUGUCUAUCAUCGAAUUUUGAAACAACAACUGAACUGCUGAGUUCUACUACACUAGGACUCGCCAUGGACAGCACUGUUGGCCUUUCUGGAUCGGUUCCUGUACUUCCAUGGGUGCCUGAUACUGCCACAGCUGUGGCUUUAAGGCUGUUGGAUUUUGAUUCGUCAAUUUCUUACAUGCUGCACCAGAAGCUGGAAUCUCAUAAAGAGAAGGAAGUAGGAGAGUUCAUUAAACUUCCAUCAAGAUAUGCUGUUGUAAAGAACUUUCAAGAGCUGGAUCCAACAGAUACUGCAGACCAAGUAGAUUACCUGAAAGAGGCUAAGUGGCUUGAUCCUGGAAGUGGACGUAGAGGUCGCGGACGAGGGAGCCGUGGUCGGGGUGGGAGGGGUCGUGGUCGUGGAGGAAGAGGCUCCAGAGGGAAUGUAAACUCCACCAGAGUAGAGUUCAGAGAUGAAAACAUCAAUAGUUUUGAGAAGACCACAAGGAAGUAUGCAAGAAGAGGCAGGGCACGUGGCCGAGGGGGGCGUAGGCGGGGUCGUCGCACUGUUAGGUCAUGGCAAAGAUCUGAGAGCAGGGUGCCUGCAGUUCGAAAGGAGUCUCUGUUUGGCAAUUUUAGGAGUGUGAGUAGUAGUGUCAGACAGGACAGUGUUGAGGAGUCUCCAAGAAGCUCAGGUGGAGAGGAGUGGGGUUUAGAGGAAACCCGGAGGCCGUACAUUGAAGAUGAUGACAACAGUGAAGGUUCCCAAUCUGAUGAAAAUGGUCAAGCAUCAGGAGAGGAGUAUGAUGAUCAGGCAGCAGACUAUGCUAUAGACUACAAUGAGAGCAAACCCAUAGGACUAAUGGAUGAUGAGAGUCAAGAGGAGGAUGAUCCUGAAGAUGACGAGGAAGAUGAGGUGGACCGCAGUGGGCAUGAGGACUUGGAUGCUGAUGUGGAUGAUGAAGAUGAUGAAGAAAUUGGGGACGAGGGGGAGGUCAGGGAUGAAGGAAAUGGAGAUGAAGAUGAAGGGGCUUCAUCGUUCUCUUCAGAAUACAGUGAUUAAGGAAUUCAAAUUCUUCCAGUGUAGAGUAGAAGAAAAAAAUUUAAGAAAAUGAUAACUAUCCAUUCUUCUUUUUACCUGGUGAUAGCUGUAGCUGUCAUUAUUCUUUUUUUCAGGUAAUUUAAGUGCCGAGGCAGUCUGAGGAAGCUUUCUAAUUGCUUCUGCAAUCUGAGGUGAAUUCUGGACGGUUCAGAUAAGGGAAGGAGGUCAGUGGGAAGGGCAGGUUUGAGUCAGGUUUGCGCUCUUAGCUCGCCUAGUAAUACCGAGUGAUGCGGCAGAAGUUUGUAGAUUUUGUGUUGCUCAGGUGUUUCUAGGUUGUUCCAUGUACCUAUUAAACGAUUUAUCUUUUAUUUAUAAAAUUUUCAUUUUGUUUA